GAGAAACAUGUCUUGCAUAAGUGACGAGAGACAAUAUUCCUCUUCAGUAAAACCAUCACUCAACAAAGAAAACUUCCUGCAACCCUGUCCUGAUGGCCCAUCGGUGUGGGUUGGGUUCAUAGAGGACAUCCCUGUCAUUGGGACAGUGAAAGAGGGCGUGGAAUUGGUCUUGGCUGUGCAUGAAGGGAAUGAGUCAGUGGUCAGGCAGAAAGAGGAGGCCAUUAUUAAGAGUCUGUGUGCUCCACCUCAAGAGUCACUGCUGGAGCCCAUGAAGAAGUUGGACAUUCCUGAGACACCAAAGUCAGCUGGAGCCUCAGGACAUUGGGAGUCGUCUGGACUGCAGGACAUAAGAGAGGUCAGAUUGGAGUUCAUUGCUGAAUAUGUAAUAACAAACAAAAAAGGUCAACAAACAAAGCAAACAAAGCAAACAAAGCAAACAAACUCAGAGAAAACUCAGAUGAAGCAGGAAGUUGAAAAAAAGAUCAGAUGUAUCAUAGCCUAUGAGUAUACACCAGCCAAAAAAGACAAGGCAUCGGAGAGAUCUAAACGAGGCGAGCAUGUCUUCAAUUACGGAAUUCUUAAAUUUCAUAAAAAGUUACUGGAUGACUUUUUAAAAGAGAAGAAAAAAAGCUUCAAGAAAAAAGAGGACUACAAUAGAUUAGGUUGCCACAGUCUUAUUGACGACACAGCAACGAUCAUAGAAAAAACUACAGUUUUUUUUGAUGAGGAUGAAGUUUAUAUAAACAGCAAUGCAGUAGUGUAUGGUAUAUAUUGCCGAGAACUGCGUUCAGCUCUUUUUGGUAGGCUUGACCCAAACAAAAACACUGAUAACGCUGGUUCCAGGGUGAAAGAAAUCACAUAUUACAUGAACAAAGAAGAAGUGUAUGUGGAUCAUUAUGCCAAGGAAAAAUGGUUUAUGGACGACGGAAGAAAUAAAGAAACAUUUAAAACAGUUAAAAAAGAAGUGAAAGAAAUGUACGAAGACAAGCGUGGGGUCAGGUGGUGUGAUGAAAUUAAGACACUACUGAAAUAAAACCUGAUCAUAAGUGACUCGUUGGGUAGCGUUUUUUUGGCUCUUCACCUUUAACUGUAACAAAUCUUUUUUCCUUUUCUUUUAUCGUCUUUUUGUCCUGGAGGGGCGGUGUUCGGUGGUGAGGCUGUUAAUAGUUCAAAAACUGGCUUAUUAUUUUGGAUUUAACAGAAAAUUGCUGUUCUAAGUGUUAGACUAGAAAGGGGCUGCAACCAGUCAUUUGAGAGAAAGCUCACUGAUAGCUAAAACCAGACAUUAUCAACGCUUUUACAUUUUAUCUCGACAGAUACACAUUUCCGACAGUUCUAAACUUGCUUGCAGCCGAAUAUAAAGAUCUUUUAUUCAAUUAUGAUCAUUAGUACUCAAUUAUUACUUUGUUACAAGCUCUGUGUGUGCUCUGCGACCUUGACCUUGUGCAUUGGAAAGGUUCAAUAUAAAAUAAAAUGAUGCUGUUCUGUGAUUGAUCGGAAUUUUCCGCAGGGCCAGCCAACAUUCAAAAUAUUUAUAUUCAGUAAAUAUUGCAUUGGAAUUUAGUACUAUGGAUUUUAGUGUGUCUUGUUUAUGUGAUCCUUGUGUACACUGGUUUCAUUCUGUUCUGUUCCGUUCACUUCUAAUGAACGUUGCAGCAACACCCUGGAGAAAAGUUAUUUCACUUCACUGAAUGCUUGUACAUGAACAGGACAAUAAAGUUCUUCUUGAGUCUUGACAAUUGUUUAUUUGAGUGAAGACGCAUCUGAAUGGUUUCUUAGGUUUGAAUGGUUCCUAGCAGUUUAAAAUAAUGUUACAACAAUAAUUCUGAUAUUUUUGAUACUGCAGCUAAAGCUAGUUUCUUUUUCUUCUUCUUAACAUUGACGGCAAGCACCUCAUAUCCACAUCUCACAUCCAUGACAUCACAAACAGAAACAGUAUGAACUACAGUCACGCAGAACAACUUCAUAGAUAAUCUACUGGAUGGCUGCACCAGCAGAACUCUUUUGAGUUACUCUAACAAAGUCACUACCUGGGCAAAUUGAAAUCCCUUAUAUAAAUUCCCAGUCAUCGGCUACAAGUAUAAAUGACUAAUGAGAGGAUGAAUGUUGCAAGUUUAAUUGAUUAGUGAAAAUAUCUAUGCUGAUGUUUAAUUGGUUAAAUAUAAGAUAUAUGCUGAAGCUUAACUGGCUAGUGAGAGGAUCUAUGCUGAAGUUUAAGUGGUUAAUAAGCAAACCUAUGAGAGAAAAAAACUACACACACUGGCCGAGGGUCCAAAUUCCUUCCAUUGCUGCAUGUGUCUAAGGAGGCCCCUGCCUUCCUCGGAGGGCAGCAGCUCAGCACAUGGGUUUCAUGUUUAUUCCUGUGUUCCACGUCUUUGACUCGAUUACAUGCCACGCAGGUCCCGGCUGCUGUGUGUCUGCUGUGUGUCCUUGGUCACACCCCCUGGGUCUUAUUAUGUCUUUGUUGUUCCUUAUUCAAGACUUUUGUUUCGUUCGACCGUUGUCAGUCAUUGCAGUUACAGGACCAUACAAUUUGCUUUAAGGCCCCAGCACAGAAACAGACACUAGAUCAACGUGCCUUGUCAAAACCUCAUGGCAAACUCUGUCAUGCCCUCUAGUGGUAUAGAAGGCCCAGUACACUUACCUUGGAUUGGUUGAACACUGAGCAGGCUACAAAACAAGGUGCCACAUUAUACCUAUAAACCACAGUGUCAUGUUUUAGAGUUAACAGCACAUGUUAUCUGUUGAUUUAAUCCCCAGGGGGACAGUUACUCUGAAGAAGUGGCUAUUAUAGGAUCAUGGAUGCCUGGAAAAGCAGCAUUACUACAUAUUUCACAGUUACAAGCUAAAUCACAGCGCUGUUAACCAUAAUCGCAGGAUGUCUAAGACAAGCUUCCUUUUACUGUUAGCACUGAACUGCAGUAAAGACAACAACUUGAAAAGCACAACAUCCUAAAGAUGUCCUUAUUUCUCACAGUGCUGGACUGUUGACUGCACAUAUCAAUACUGAGAUGAUGCGAUGCUAAAAUUCCCCAAAACCUGACGAACACACACACAAUCAGGCAACUACAGUUCUAUCUGAGCAUUUAUUUAUCUGUCCACCCAAGCCGUACCAUUGAGAAAAACAAAACAAAACAUGAGAAUCUGAAUCCAGUACUAAUCCGUCCACAAGUUGUUCUACCAAAAGUUGCGAUUGCCAUCAGUUAAAAAAACAAACAAACCACACAACCCCUGUGUCUCUGCCUCCAGCCCCAGGUGCGGAGCUGACACCCAGAUCCACAAUACCAAGGUUUAUUUUAGCACUCAGUGUUGUGAGAAGGCUGAAGUGUGAGGGCUAGGGGGCGGGGCCUGGGACACUGUGGGCGGGGCAGUCAUAGCCUUCUUCUGCUGCAUUCUAAUGACCUACGCCUCCAUCUAGGCUGAAGUGGCCACAGUAGCGAGCACAGCCUCAAACCUCCCACACCCAGGAGAAACCUCACGGAAAAGCAUCAACUGUGGCAGGGAAACGAGGACCACAGCUUCAGAGCUCAGGACAAAAAUACAGAGAAAUGAACAGCAAAGAAAACCAAAGAGAAGAGGCAUCCCUCAAUAGGUAGCUGCUAGGGCAGAAUAAAUACCGAAAUGUACGGCAGAGACACCACACCGCCCGCAGUAGGAGCUAGUAAUGACACAAACGUAGACAAACGUUCAUCUCCUUCACUGCUGAAAGAAAAAAAACAGGUGGAAACUACAUUUCAGGAACACAAGAAUAUCCUAGAAGCAUUGCAGUGAUUUCAGAACUUGUUAUUACUGACUGGUAACUAUCAUAUGUCCUUCUAAACGAACAGGACAGGGUUGAGUGUCUGGGUGUUCAAUAAGGGAGAACAAAUCUCUCAGGUCUUAAAUCAGCAACGAAAGCAAACAGAAGAGGUGCAGAACUGUCAUGUCGUUCAUCGCGUCUAAGCGUUACAAACUCUUUAUCUGGCAUCCCACAGUGCUCCCCUGACACAAAUCACACAUGAUGCAAAUGCUAACGAGAUUUUAAAAGUAAAUUAAAGACCCUAAAAGCAGUGGAGUCGUUGUUCCCAGUGAUGACCCCGACCUCACGGUUCUGUUGUCUCAUUACGUAGCUUCAUGUGACUAAGAUACACUGCUGGACUGGGAGUUUUCAUAGGAGUGUAUUAUAACUGCAUCAUAAAAACAUACAUAAAGAACACACAAACAAGCAAAAAAUGAGAGCUUUUUUUCAAACUUAUGUACAGACACAUGAGCCUGAUGUUGGGAGGGUGUGUGUGUGUGUGUGUGUGUGUGUGUGUGUGUGUGUGUGAGAGAGAGACACGAUGGUGUGUUGUCCUCAUCAUUGAUCAGAUCUCGGGAUCCUUUAGCUGGUCUGGAGAAGAAUCUCUCCACCCAAGUCCGACCACAGUAAUCGUCCUCACUGAUGCACAAACACAGCAGCACUUGUCCAAAGAGUGUGUGAACAGGUCGUCCAUAAACCAUCACACCUGCGAGCUAAGCCCUUUAUGAUAUGACAUCAUCCAUUCAGUCUGUCUAGGGCAUGGUGAUGUCACAGAGCACAGAGAGACCUAGAUUUAGUGAAGCUUAUAUAAGAUGCAUUUGUUCGCUCGCUAUCUCUCUCUCUCACACACACACACACACACACACACACACACACACACACA